AUGUCCAAGUUCGUUUACGCGUUCGUUCUGUUAUUCUUGUACCGAUACCUUCGGUUCAUCGUGAACACGAUAUCCUCCUGGUACUUCCGCCGUUUCCAAUCUGUGCCAUUGCCAGGAAAGCCCACGGUUUUGCGGGAUGAUGUUACAGUGAUCAUCCCUACGGUAUGCGGAAAGGAUACCAAAUGUUUGGAGCAUACCCUCCGAAGCUGUCUCGAGAAUCGACCUUACGAGAUCAUCAUCGUAACCAUAGACCGCGUUAGGGAUAUCAUCGCCAAGUUCGCAGGGUCGAUCGAUGCAUCGAUCAAGGUCAUGUCCGUCCCCAUCCGAGGCAAGCGAAUCCAAGUAGCCCAUGCCCUCCACGGAGUCAAGACCAGCAUCACCAUCCUCGCCGAUGACGAUGUGAUAUGGCCGUCGGAGUUCCUUCCACAGAUCCUCGCGCCCUUGGAAUCGUGGGGGGUAGGGGCCGUUGGAACCCUUCAGCAAAUCCGCCGAGACAGGAACCUGGGAAUGUUUGAUAGGAUCUGGGAGUAUCUCGGAGCCUGCUAUAUUGAGCGUCGCAACUUCGAGAUCACAGCAACGUCAAAUAUCGAUGGAGGGAUGUCCUGCCUCUCGGGUCGCACUGCUGCAUUCCGAACCGAGAUUCUUCAGGAUCCCAAGUUCAUCAGCGGCUACCUCAAUGAACGGUGGGCUGGAAACACCUUGAACGCGGAUGACGACAAUUUUGUAUCCCGAUGGCUCGUUUCUCACCAAUGGGCGAUAGUUAUCCAAGCCUCGCAAGAAGCUGUGGUCGAGACAGCUCUGGAGACAAGCUCACAGUUCCUCUCCCAGUGUUUGCGUUGGUCGCGGAGCAACUGGCGCAGCAACUUCACCAGCACAAUCGUUGAGCGGCAUAUCUGGAAGCAGCAACCAUGGAGCACAUACGCGCUUCAUCUAUCGACUCCUACCUGCUCUCUUGUCACCGACCCUCUUCUGGUAUAUCUGCUCCUCCGCUCCACCAUUUCGCUUGAUCCAAGCACGCGUUCCUGGUGUAUGUACGCACUGGCAGCCUGGAUGCUCGUCGCCAAGAUCACAAAGCUGAUCCCACAUUACCAACGCUGCCCCGGGGACAUUCGCUAUUUCCCGGUAACACUGAUCUUCGGCUACCUUCAUGGAUUGCAAAAGUAUUACGCGCUCUUCACACUCCACAGCACUUCAUGA